AUGCUUGCCUCAACUGGCAUUAAUUCCACAGCAAACAUUCUCCGUAACAUCACUGUUACAGUCAAUGGUAAGCCAUUAGAAGCAAAGAAGGGUGAAACAGUCCUCGAACUUUGCGACCGCAACAACAUCAGAAUCCCAAGACUUUGCUUCCAUCCAAACCUUCCACCGAAGGCUUCCUGCCGUGUCUGCCUUGUCGAAUGCGAUGGCAAGUGGCUCUCCCCAGCUUGCGUUACAACAGUUUGGGAUGGUCUCAAGAUCGACACAAAGUCCAAGAACGUUCGCGACUCCGUUGAGAACAACCUCAAGGAACUCCUCGACUGCCACGAUGAAACAUGCUCAGCUUGCAUUGCUAACCACAGAUGCCAGUUCCGUGACAUGAACGUCGCCUACUCCGUCAAGGCCGAGACAAAGGAGAUCUGCUCCGAGGAAGGCAUUGAUGAAUCCACAAACGCUAUCCGCCUUGAUACAUCCAAGUGCGUCCUUUGUGGCCGUUGCAUCCGUGCUUGCGAAGAAGUCGCCGGCACAUCCGCCAUCAUCUUCGGCAACCGUGCCAAGAAGAUGAGAAUCCAGCCAACAUUCGGUGUCACACUUCAGGAAACAUCCUGCAUCAAGUGCGGCCAAUGCACACUUUACUGCCCAGUCGGUGCCAUCACAGAGAAGUCCCAGGUUAAGGAGGCCCUCGACAUCCUUGCUAACAAGGGUAAGAAGAUCACAGUUGUCCAGGUUGCUCCAGCCGUUCGUGUUGCCCUCUCUGAAGCUUUCGGCUACAAGGAAGGUACAGUCACAACAGGCAAGAUGGUCUCUGCUCUCAAGGCCCUCGGCUUCGACCUCGUUUACGAUACAAACUACGGUGCAGAUCUUACAAUCUGUGAAGAAGCUGGUGAACUUGUCAACCGCCUUAGAGAUCCAAACGCCAAGUUCCCAAUGUUCACAUCCUGCUGCCCUGCUUGGGUUAACUACGUCGAGCAGUCCGCUCCAGACUUCAUUCCAAACCUUUCAUCCUGCCGCUCACCACAAGGCAUGCUUUCUGCUUUGAUCAAGAACUACCUUCCAAAGCUUCUUGACGUCAAGCAGGAGGAUGUCCUUAACUUCUCCAUCAUGCCAUGCACAGCCAAGAAGGAUGAAGUUGAGCGCCCAGAACUCCGCACAAAGUCUGGCCUCAAGGAAACAGACAUGGUUCUCACAGUUAGAGAACUUGUCGAGAUGAUCAAGCUCUCCAACAUCGACUUCAACAACCUUCCAGAUACACAGUUCGAUAACAUCUUCGGCUUCGGCUCUGGUGCUGGCCAGAUCUUCGCUGCCACAGGUGGUGUUAUGGAAGCUGCCUCAAGAACAGCCUUCGAAGUCUACACAGGCAAGAAGCUCACAAACGUCAACAUUUACCCAGUCAGAGGUAUGGACGGACUCAGAAUCGCUGAGCUCGACCUCGAUGGUACAAAGCUCAAGGUCGCUGUCUGCCACGGCAUUGCUAACACAGCUAAGCUCCUCGACAGACUCCGCGAGAAGGAUCCAGAACUCAUGGAUAUCAAGUUCAUCGAAAUCAUGGCCUGCCCAGGUGGCUGCGUCUGCGGCGGUGGCACACCACAGCCAAAGAACAGAGUCUCUCUUGAUAACAGACUUGCUGCUAUCUACAACAUCGAUGCUAAGAUGGAAUGCAGAAAGUCUCACGAGAACCCACUCAUCAAGGGAGUCUACAAGGAGUUCCUCGGCAAACCAAAUUCACACCUCGCUCACGAACUUCUCCACACACACUUCAAGCACCAUCCAAAGUGGUAA